AUGGCUGCGGUAGUUGAUGAACUAAUCAAAGACAAGUUUACAGGUAUAGGACGUGGUUAUAAACCUCGUCACAUUGUCGAGGAUAUGAGGAGAGAGUACGGCGUAAACAUAAGUUACGAUAAGGCGUGGAGUGCAAGGGAAACCGCUUAUGCUCUCGCCAGGUACAUGUUUAUGGCAUUAGGACCUUGUAUUAGAGGUUUUUCAAGUUGUCGGCCGAUGAUAAUUAUUGAUGGAUCGCAUCUAAAAGGAAAAUAUAAAGGGACCAUGUUGGUCGGAAUCUCCAUGGAUGGCAACAACCAAGUUUACCCACUAGUAUAUGCCAUAGUGGACAAUGAAACUGAUCGAGCUUGGAAGUGGUUUAUGUCGAACUUGAAGUGUGCCAUUGGAGAACCCCCUAACUUGGUGUUUGUGUCUGAUCGAGCGGAAAACACGAUUGUUGGGAUGUUCAAGAAUGCAGCCAGGGCAUUUCGCAUGGCAGAGUUCCAAGUACACUGGGACCAACUACGUAUUCUUCGAAAUGGUGCAGUAUCGAGAUAUUUGGAGGAUAUUGGUCUUGAAAGGUGGGCACGUGUUUACCAAACAGAACGAAGAUACGAUAACAUGACGUCCAAUAGUGCAGAGUGUUUCAAUUCAUUGACCAAAGAAUAUCGACAGCUGCCCAUAAUGUGCUUGUUGGAACACGUUCAAGGCCUCAUCCAGUCAUAG